CAUGUCCUGGAGGAGGCUGGUGUACUCCGUGUACUCACCGGCCAUAGCUGGGGUUUUUACCCGGAUAUCUGACCGGGUGUUCCGUGCACGGGACCGGCGAGGAGGGGGUCGCCACAGCGGAUCAUUUCCCUUCAUCUCACCCAAUCUUUAGCAUCGACCUCCAUCCCAGCUUUGUCUCCCUGUCUUCACACUGCUCAAUCCGAGCUGUCCGUCGGAUAUACUCAUCUCUAAUCUUGUCCAUCACGGUCCUCCGUGCUCCUUCUUGCCCCUCUUCUGGCUGAAACCGACCCAGCCCCUCAUCGCGUCUCCAGGCCCACCGGCUCAGCCGGAGCCCAGCGAACAGAAGGUCUUUGCAACCACUUCCGAUGGAUGGCAGAGCAUGUACCAGCCUUCCGGGUGCCAGGCUCCCACGUCCACAUUCUGACGUCACCUGACCAAUUCUACCAGGCAAUGAAGGCUCGCAUCAAGACUGCACAGAGGCGGGUGGUGAUGGCCUCCCUCUAUCUGGGAACCGGUCAGCUGGAGCAGGAGCUGGUGGACUGUAUGGAGGAAGCCCUCCAACGUUCCCAGGACAACAGCCAGUCUCCAGACCUGAAAGUCUCCGUAUUGCUUGACUACACACGUGGAUCACGAGGAAAGAUUAACUCAAGGACCAUGCUGCUACCUCUGCUGCAGCGCUUCACAUCUCAGAUGAGGGUAUCUCUGUACCACACUCCAGAUUUGAGGGGGCUGCUGCGCUUGCUAGUCCCCCAGCGCUUCAACGAGACCAUCGGAGUCCAGCACAUCAAAGUCUACCUGUUUGAUGACAGCAUCAUCAUCAGUGGGGCCAACCUGAGUGACUCGUACUUCACCAACAGACAGGACCGGUACGUGCUGCUGGAGAACUGCAGGGAGGUCGCCGACUUCUUCUCCGACCUGGUGGAGGCCGUGGGAGACGUCUCUCUGCAGCUCCAGCCCGACGACUCGGUCACCAUGCUCGAGGGCAUGGUGCACCCGUACAAAGGCAACCGGCAAGACUUCUCGGCAGUGGCGAGGAAGCGGAUUAUGGAGGUUGUAAACUCGGCCCAUAUUAGGCAGCGGCUUCUGAACCAGUCGGAGGACUCUGAGGAUGAGGGGAUGAGCGAGGUGGAGGAGGACACCUGGGUGUUCCCCCUGGUGCAGAUGAAACCUCUUGGCAUCAGAGUGGACGAGCAGGUCACACAGCGUCUGCUGACUGAUGCCGGACCCGAGUCUACUGUGUUUCUCACAUCGGGUUACUUCAAUCUGACCCGGGCGUACAUGCGGCUGGUGCUCAAGGCUGGAGCCAGUUACCGUAUCCUCACCGCCUCCCCCGAGGUCAACGGGUUCUUUGGGGCCAAGGGCGUCGCUGGAGCAAUCCCUGCAGCGUACACUCACAUCGCCAGGCAGUUUUACAAACAGGUGUGCCAGGGGGGCCAGCAGGAGAGGGUACACCUGCAUGAGUACCACCGACCAGAGUGGACCUUCCAUGCUAAAGGUCUGUGGUAUUACCUCCAGGGGCAGGAUCGGCCUUGCCUCACUCUAAUUGGCUCCCCUAAUUUCGGUUACCGCUCGGUUCACCGUGACCUGGAGGCCCAGAUUGCCAUAGUAACGGAGAAUGAGGAGCUGCAGAGCCAGCUGCAGGAGGAGCAGGAGAUGUUGUACCGGCGCUCCACUGAAGUGUCCACCUCUACGUUCGAGCGGCCCGACCGCCACGUUAAACUGUGGGUGAAACUGGUCACGCCACUCAUCAAGAACUUCUUCUGAGGUGGCAGUCAGUCCAUUCUGGACAUGAAUUGAAGGUGGAGGUGGAGGUCGGCCAGCUCCUGUGGAAGAAGCACACUCUGGGUGAUCUUCAGGACGCUGGAAGCCGGCGUCCUCUGUGUGUCAUAGGAAGUGACUGAAAAACACAGCGCACACACACAGCAGCACAUGUAUGUGGCGGACUCAGGAGGUAAAUCCUCUUUGUUAAAGCUCUGGAUCCACCGUUACACCGUUACACUCUUUAUGUAUUAACACAUGACGUCAUAGCACUGUGGGACUCUGGUAUUUGUAGUGUUAUUAACUACAAGCAUUAAAAAACUACUUCUGUUAACAUACAUACACGUCCACAGGGUAUGUGUUGCAUGCAUGGGGAAAAAAAAGCAGACACUUCAUGUGUGAACGUCUCUGAUCAGACGAAGGUUGUUUGGUGACGACCCCUCAAUGAGCCUUUUACGCUGUGUUUACAGCUCUGCCUGCAGUAAAGUUGACUGUACAGUCUGUGUUAUUGUUGUUGUAAAUUAAAGAGCGAAUGUGUGGUGAGUUUUUAAAGUGUCCUCAAGUGUUUGAUUUUUCUGACUGAGCUCGAGUUCAGCGUUUCAUGUGGAAAAGCUUUAAACGAGAGAUGAAACAAAGCUGUUACGAACCACGGAUCAGAUAUAAGACGUGAAAGGUUUCCUGAGGUUUGGUGUCUUUUAGCUCUUUGUUUUGGUUUUUCUGGUCGACGACCACUCCUGCUGGUUUUUUACAUGUUAAAUAUAAAAGAAAAUGUUUUCUGAAGUUUCUCUGUUUGCUUUUGUUGUGUUUCUUAUUCUUUGUGUUUUCAUUCUUUUUUAAUCUUUUGUUUUAUUUGUUGAAUCCUAUUCAUCACUUCAUUAAAUUAACAAUUCCGCCUC